UCUUCAGUUUUAUUCAAAAUUCGUUUCUUUUUCCUUCUUUAAUUCAUUUUCAACCAAGAAACAUGACUCACAUUUUCUCCUUUGUGAGUCACAUUUGAGUUAAGCGUUUUACGGUAAUAACGAACUCCGUACGCGAGACAUAAAUUACGGAACAAACAUUGGUAUACCGUAUUGUAAACGUAUUAAAUUAUAAUAAAUAAAAGAAUGAGAAGAAAUUACAGUGUGUUAUAUAGCUCGAACGGUUCUUCGAUCACGAAGAGAUCCAUCGUGUGGCAUUUGAGAUAAUUUCAAAGCAGACUAUGAAAGUCGGUUUACGCAGGCACCGUAGUUCGAUCAUCAACGAUGACGAUCUCCAGACGUUGGUAGAAUUUUUUGUCUGUCAUGGAAAGAGUCAAGCAUGGUCUGGAAUCGGUGUAAAUCGUUGGUUCAGUCAAGACGCGUGCAGAAUCCGUUUCUUUCACACAUAUACACACACACACACACUUCGUAUAUAUAUAUAUAUAUACGAAGACAUACGCGCGCGUUCAUCUAGAAUGCGUCAUUAAUCUUUUCCAGAUCGAUACGAUCGUGACGUAGAAGGCUAUAAAUCGGUAGAAAUGGCAGAUUUACGUGUAAACUCUGUACAAUACUGUUUCGAGAAAGGGAAAGGAGAGAAGCUUGAGUCCGGAAACGCGUAAAUCGAUCGGAAAGUUUGGUCGACUCAUAUCACCACGGGUGAUGUCUUUAUUAUCAACAGCGGGCUCAGAGAUCGUUUAUCGGGAAGGACGGACAGCGAUUAGUAAGCCGAUACGCUUUACGUUUGUUCGACAUGCGUGCAUUUUCUGUCGAGACAUUCCGUGUCCGCGCGAGAUUACAUUUACAAAUGUUGGUAUGUAGGAUAUACCAAAUACAUAUUUAUAUUUAUGCGUAUAUGUGUAUACAGACGUGUGUACGCAUACAUAAACAGAAGUACGCAUACGUAGACGGUAUGUAGACGAGUUCCGAAGGAGACGCCGGUUCAGCAAGUUUCUUCUCAGAGAUUUGGAACUGCCUAAAAACGAUCGGAGAUUUUCAAGUGAAAAAAAAAAAAAAAAAAAAAAAAAAAAAAAACACCAACAAACAAACAAAAAAAAAGAAAAAAAAACAAAACAAAAAAAAGAAGUAAAAAAUAAAAAAUAAGCACAAGAAAAAAGCGUCAAGAGGACAAAAAAACAAUCUUUCAUCAAAGAUGUCUCGCUCAAUUUCGAAUUCGAAUAAAACUCGUUUAUCACGUGUUUCAUAUUAAAACGAGAUAGUCUUGUUACGCUUGAUAACAAUCAAGAGAUAGAAGCGAGAGAGGUCAGUCAGCAAGGAUGGAUAAGUAGCGGAAAAUUUUACGAAUGGCAAUGGAGGAGCCGUAUUAUCGUUAAGGAGGACUAAACCUUACGAAUAUUGUCGACUAUCAGCGGUGGCGAUGUUCGAAAAGAGUUCCUUCAUUGAGAGAGUUGCUAGAGAAAGGCACGAUAAAUAGUCUUACGUGGGCUAUUAUGACGGAAUACUUGGAUCCACAUUUCAUCCGGGCACUUUGCCGCGAUCCAGAAAGACGAAAUCUUCAGGACUUGCAGAUCAUAUAUUAUGGACUUCUGGGACUCGAAGCAUUACGUCCAUGCAGAGACUCUAUUCUGCGUGGGCUUUGUAAAAUUGUACGCUAUGAGAGACAUAAUGCGAAUCAUGUCCUCUAUUACACCGGUGAAUUGGCAACCAGCUGGUACAUAUUGCUCUCAGGUUCUGUGUUUAUCGAUGGAUCCAUGUAUCUGCCCUGUUCCAGCUUUGGAAAGCGGACGGGCAGCAGUGCCAGGAGACCCAACGAAUGUUUCGUCUUGGAGCCCUCCGAGAUGAUCGUCAUCGACUAUCCGGAGGUCCAUGGAGGAGGAAGGAUGCAUCGGCCACCGCAUCCACAUCCUAUAACCGACCAUCGUCAGGUCAAUCUGGUCUUCGACGACACGUUUUCGCAAGGCCUGACAGGUAGGCCGGAGCUGUAUCAAAAAUCCAAUAGGAGUAGUCAUUCAAGUGAUACAAGUUCUGCGUACAGUGGCUCAGACACAAUGACAUCUGUACAAAGUUCUUUGGAUGCGGACGCAGACGAGGUUGAUCUUUCUGGUCUUGUUGAGUCUAUAGUAGACAGCGAUGAGGAAGAAGAUUUGGCUGAGAGUAUGGAUAGUUUGAAUGUUCGUGAUGCUGUACGAGAAUGUUUAGAAAAAGAUCCAGUGGAAAGAACAGAAGAAGAUAUAGAGACACUUUUAGAAUUUACACAACAACUAAAGGCCUUCACCAAUAUGACACUGGCUGUAAGAAGAGCGCUGUGCGCUGUCAUGGUAUUUGCAGUGGUUGAACGAGCUGGCAUGGUUGUAUUAAAUGACGGAGAAGAAUUGGAUAGUUGGAGUGUACUCAUUAAUGGUACUGUUGAAAUUGAACAUAGUAAUGGCGAGGUGGAACAGCUUCAUCUUGGAGAUAGUUUUGGUAUUUUACCUACCAUGGAUCGACUUCUGCAUCAAGGUGUUAUGAGGACAAAAUGUGACGAUUGCCAAUUCGUGUGUGUCACACAAGCAGAUUAUUUUAGAAUUCAGCAUCAAGGUGAAGAAAAUACGAGAAGACACGAAGAGAAUGGUAGGGUGACAUUAGUUACAGAAUUACGAGGCGCCUUGGAUGGUGGUGUACGCCGGGGUCAUGUAGUGAUUAGAGCAACCCCCGAGCGCUUAAUGUUACAACUUAUCGAAGAAAACAGUAUUACGGAUCCCACUUAUGUGGAAGAUUUUUUAUUAACUCAUCGAACUUUUAUCGAUAGCCCUUUAUUAGUUGCGAGCCAAUUAUUAGAGUGGUUUGACCAAGCUCAGGUCAGAGAUCGUGUUGCGCGUGUUGUAUUACUUUGGGUAAAUAAUCAUUUUACGGAUUUUGAGACGGAUCCAGCUAUGAUGGAAUUUUUAGAAGCCUUUGAAGCUGGAUUAGAAAGAGAAAAAAUGCAGGGUCAACAAAGGUUAUUAAAUAUUGCCUGCGCGGCAAAAGCAAGGACGCGGAAUGUAACAUUAGCAAGGCCUAACAGAGAUGAAAUUCUCCACUUUAGCAUUUUAGGUGGUUAUGAAAGAGGUUUUGGAAUUUUUAUUUCAAAAGUUGAUAAGAGAUCGAAGGCUGAGGAUGUCGGUUUAAAACGUGGCGAUCAAAUUUUGGAAGUGAACGGGCAAAGCUUUGAACAUGUUAAUCAUGCCAAAGCAUUGGAAAUUCUAAGGAGUUCGACUCAUCUCAGUAUCACCGUAAAAUCUAAUCUUCUUGCUUUCAAAGAAAUGCUCCAAAUGCCGGAUAAUUCUCCAAGGCCAAGAGGAAGGGCAAAUAAACCAGAAAUUCCUAGACUUCAAUCUGAUCCACGCGCAAGACUCUCUACUCAUGUUGAUCCUAUAACUCCAGUAAAUCCCUUGAAUCCUUUAGUAGGUGGAGUACAUCUCUUAAUAGCAGAUAGUAAUGUUUCUCCUUGUAAGGAUGCUAAAAAGGAGCAUAAAGGAUUUAUGACUCUUGGACCUAAACGGAGAUUACAAAAAGCACUUAUGAAAAUGAAUAUACUGCCAAAGAAUACAAUCAACGAUGGUGUGCACUUAGAUGAUCCUCUCGCUCCACCACAUACACCGCCAGGAACGUGCGGUUCACAAACUACAACUAAUCUAUAUCAUUCGAAAAGUAAUCCCGAUCUUACAUCAUUAUAUUGUUACGAUGAUCUUAGAGCACCAGAUUAUCCGGAACACGUAUUAAAGGUUUACAAGGCUGAUCAAACUUGUAAAUAUCUUCUCAUUCACAAGGAGACAACGGCGCAUGAGGUGGUAAUGCUCGCGCUACAGGAGUUUGGUAUCACCGAAAGUAGUUCGAAUUUCUCUUUGGCGGAAGUGAGUGUUGGCGAAGGUGGGAUGAUCAAGCAGCGAAGAUUACCAGAGCAGUUGCAAAAUCUUGCAGAAAGAAUUGGUUUAAGUUCGCGUUAUUAUUUAAAGACUAACGGUAUAUCAGAAACUUUAGUAGCGGACGAACAGGCGCCGGAACUUAUACGUGAAUCUCAAGUACAUUUUCUACAAUUAAAUGCUGUGGAGGUAGCCAUCCAAUUAACUCUGCAGGAUUUUAGUAUAUUUAGACAAAUUGAAUCUACAGAAUAUGUGGACGAUUUAUUUGAAUUAAAGAGCAGGUACGGAAUACCAAUGCUCAGUCAGUUCGCGGAGCUAGUCAAUAGAGAAAUGUUUUGGGUCGUUACGGAAGUUUGUUCCGAGCACAAUCUUGUACGCCGUAGCAAGAUUAUAAAACAAUUUAUAAAAAUAGCUCGACAAUGCAAAGAAUGUAAAAAUUUUAAUUCUAUGUUCGCAAUUGUAUCUGGUCUUGGUCAUGGCGCGGUGUCGAGGUUGAGAGCAUCUUGGGAAAAACUGCCAAGUAAAUAUCAGAGAUUAUUCAGUGAUUUACAAGAGUUAAUGGAUCCUAGUCGUAACAUGAGUAAAUAUCGUCAACUAGUAGCGUCCGAACAAACGCAACCACCGAUCAUACCCUUCUAUCCUGUAGUCAAAAAAGAUUUGACCUUUAUACAUCUGGGUAACGAUUCUAGAGUAGAAGGUUUGGUGAAUUUCGAAAAGCUCAGAAUGAUCGCUAAAGAGGUCAGAACAUUGACGAAUAUGUGUUCGUCUCCGUACGAUCUAUUAACCAUGUUGGAAAGAGGUGGACAACCACCGAGUUCCGCGAUGGUAGCAUUGAAUCAAAUGACAACGGGUAAUCAAGGUGGUCAAACGGCAACGGUUAAAAGACGUAAGAAAUCGGCAGCGGCACCAAAUCCGAAGAAAAUGUUCGAAGAAGCACAAAUGGUACGAAGAGUAAAGGCAUAUCUCGCUAAUAUGAAAGUUAUUACCGACGAGGAACGAUUGCACGCACUUUCCGUCGAUUGCGAACCUCAUGCCGGUGCUGUCGCCAUUGCUGCAGCGGUACCACUCACUGGAAGCCGAGGGAGAAGGCAUCCUUCUCCCACGCUUUCAACUACGAGUAGUGCCAGUAGCACGAGCGAGGGAAGAAAGAGCAUACAAGGUACAAAGUUCGGAGCUGCCUCACCUCAGGCAGUAAGGAAGAUGUUGGCUCUUUCAGAUCCUCACAAAACUCGACCGUAUCAACCUAAACAUUGUCCACCACCCCUUCCAGUACCUGGAUUAGCAUUGCACUCUAGUGGACUUGAACCAAGUCCUGGUGCACCGAGAAGAGUUGGUUCUGGUAGUAGAGUUCCGAUGCACGAAAGAUCGCACAGUGAUACACCUUCGAGUUUACCACCACCGGUUGAUCUCAGUGCCGAGAGUAGCAGUGUCACAAGUCUGAGUAAUCUUCAACCAUUACGGAAAACCUUAACGAGCGGUUCAGUGACGAGCAGUGAUAGCGGUCACAGUACUCAACUGGACAGUCAUAGUGGAAGCAGCGUAGAGGCAGGUGGCAGUCCGCCACCACCGCAAAGACGGCAUUCCGCCAUGCAAGGGUCAAUUAUGAGAGGUGGUGCUCCACCGUUUCCUCACGCUGUAGCAGUGUUACCUCCGCUUCCUGCCAACCACAACCAGAAUCACAACCACAAUCAUCAUCAUCACCAACAUUAUCACGAUCAUCACCAUCACGAACCCCAAACCCCUCAAGGUUCCGGUCUGGCCGGAGUCCAGGGCCCACCAAGCGCAGGGACAACGACCAUUAUGACGAACCUUACAUCCAUGACGACGAUGACGUCGAACGCGUCGAUGAGAGCCGGCCUGGCCGGCAUGGGUGGUAGUCAGUGCCGCCAACCACCGGCUUACAAAGUCGCAGCGCAGAUGGCAAGAUUACACAGGCUCGGCCGUGCUCACAGCCACGAAGGAGUUACUUAUCGGACCGAUCACGAAGAUGAUGACGAGGACGCCCAAGUGUCGGCGGUAUAAACAAUCGACGAGCAUGCCGAGCAACGAGACCCGGCCGUCCCAUAGUUAAUUUUCUUAAUGCUGAUUUCCUUUCGUCGGGGAUCGAAAAGUCGAGAAAUACGAGAAACGUUCUCAAUGAACGUUUCGUAAAGAACGAAUUAGAAAAGACAUGGCGAAGUUCGAAAUUGCGCAUGAGCGGUGCAACUUCGUAAACAUUUUGUCUUUUGCCACGUAGAUCUUCAAUCGAUCGUUAUUAUCGACGGACGAGGAAAGAUGCAGCAUCAAGUCCGAAAUUAGCAACGAGCUCGAUCGUGCGAGAUGGAUACUAAUAAUUGAAUCUCAAGAUACGUUUGAAUUCUUCCUCUUUCUCUGUUUUUUUUUUCUUUUCUUUUUUUUUUUUUCUUUUUUUUGCCCUUAAAAUAGAUUGAAAGUUAAAGAAAGAGAGAGAGAGAGAGAGAGAGAGAGAGAGAGAGAGAGAGAGAGAGAGAGAGAGAAGAAAAAAAAAGGAAGAAAAAUGAAAGCACGAUGACUUUCGUUGAGCAGUGCAAAGCGCUCGUCUUCCACAAGUGAAAAAAAAAAGAAGAAAAAAAAGAAUGACGAGGACAUUUGUUCUGAUGAAUAGAAGACAAAGAAAGAAUGAAUGAAUAUAUGAAUGGAAGGAUGAAUGAAUGAAUGAAUGAAUGAAUGAAUGAAUGAAUGAAUGAAUGAAUGAAUGAAUGAAAGAAAGAGAAAGGGAACAGUGCGAAAAUCGCUAAAAGAAGAAAGAAAUGCGCGUAAGUCGUACUCCGCGAUAUGAAAAAUCGUGUGAACGUAAGCUGGCGAAAUCCUUUUUAGCAUGGAUUACUUUCUCUUUCUUUUGCUCCUUUCAUUUUGUUUUGCUUUCCACGUUGAAAUACGAAAAGGAUAAGGAAAGCUUCAUCGUCGGGCCGUCGUCGGUAAGCUCUCGACACGAAUCGAUGAGAGAAAAGAAAGGAAGAAAAGAAAAGAAACAAACAAAAAAAUGAAAAUGAAAAUGAAGAGAAGAGAAGAGCGAUUAUAAGUAAUAUUCUAUAUAAAUGUGUAAUAAAUCGAGUCCAAAGAUGUUAUAUAUAUAUAACGCGUAUCGCCGAUGAUAAUACGAAAGAGACGGCGUAUCCUGUAUUAUAAUACUUUGUAGGAUAGCUUUUAAAGAGUAUACUUCCCUCCCUUUUGACUUGCCCAUGAACCUUCUCUGGCGGUCGGUCCCAACCCCCCAUCUCCUUUCAUCUACUUUCUACCCCCCACUCAACCCCACCCCCUACCUCCAUUCUUCCCUCAUCUUUAAAUAUAGACGAAUAAGUUGGUGUAAAUAGCGUUUAGACUUUACGUAGACAUUAGUCGAAGAAGGACGACGACGCGAGAGGACGAGGAAAAAAAAAAUGAAAAAGAUGAAAGAAAAGAAAUUUUGAAAAUGAGAUAGAGAUAUAUAUCGUGUAAGCUUAUCGUUCGAAAUCCUUAAGAUCGAUGACCUUCCUACUCUUCCAAGUCUAACGGAUUCUCUCGUGUCUGGCGAUAUAUAUAUAUAUAUAUAUAUAUAUAUAUAUAUAUAUAUAUGCGCGAAAUAUUCUCAACUUGUAAUAAUUAACAAGGUUUAUAAGCUAAAGAAGAUAACUUUUAAAGUUUCAACAUUUUUCUCUAUCGACUUUAUCGAAUUAUUAUUGUAUUAUCGCGGACGCCGAGUUUCGAAGGUUCGACGUUCCGAAAAAGCGAACUUUUAGAUUUAAUGCUUUGUUAGACUUUCGAUAUGUAGUUCGUGCUCCGUACAUACGUACACGCCCAACACACACAAGGGGACAUUAAUUAUUAUUAUUAUAAUUAUUAUUAUUAUUACUAUUAUUAUUAUUAUUAUUAUUAUUAUUAAUUAUUAAUUAUUAAUUAUUAUUAUUAUAGUUAUUAUACAUUUCCUAAGGUUAAUAUGGAAGUCCAAUUUUACCGCCUGAGAUACGUUGAAUUUUUAGCGUUGGCGCGAUCAAGUACAAAGAACUUUCUUAACAAACAAACAAACAAACAAACAAAAAGAAGGUGAACAUUUAAACAAGUGGGAUCGAGAGUACGAUCGAUGAUAAAUGUGCGUGCGAUUGCUUUUACUUUCACGGUCAUAAUACGAGUGGUUUCGUAAAUUUUUCAUAUAACAUUUUCGCGUAUAGAAGGAAGUAUCGUCGUAUUUGUAAUUGUGAAAGAUAAAUCGUUUAUUGUAUUUGAAAAUAUUUUCAAGAGGAUAUUAUUAUUAUUUUUUUUUUUUUUUUUUUUUUUUAAUCGAUAUCGUUGAAUCUUUUAAAACUUUGAAAAGAGAGAGAGAGAGAGUGAGAGAGAGAGAGAGAGAGAGGGGGGGGGGGGGGGGAGAAUAUUAUCAUUUAUUUUUAUUCGAAUUUAUUCAACGUUACUUAACAACAAAUUUUUCGUUGAAAUUGAUGGCUCGAAUGACAAAAUAAAAAUCAAUAAAUAAUAUAGAUAGAAUUAAAGUUAAUUUAAUUUUUCAUUAUUCGGAUCGUACCUUAAAUAUAGACAGACAUCUAGAGAUAAUAAGAGAUGAAAAAGCGCAAGAAAUUCGAUCGAGGAGCGAAAUUUUCAAACGAAAUCGUUUGUUUCGUCGGUACGACUAUCGCUAUCAGUCUAUAUAUAUAUAUAUAGAUAUCGAUAUAUUCUCGCCCACUUGCACUUAGACUCGCGACCUCCUUUCGACGAGUAUUAAGAGAAAAGCGUAAUUUUAUGCAUAGGUGACAUAAUAAUAUGCGCUUAUCAAGCAAAAAAAGGGCCUAAAAUAUUGAAGGCACCGUUUUGCGAUUGUCUGUCAAACGCGGAACGAGGACGUUCCAAAGAGGAACACAGUGCUUUCUUGGAUCCUCGAAUUUCCGUCAUCAACUAUUGACAUUCCAAUUUUUUUUUUUCUCGUCUUCUUAUCGCAUUCAUCGUGAUAUCAUUUUCCUUCCAUUUUUCCAUUUUCCCGCAAACUUAAUAUUUUUUCUCGUUCGAUUUAUCAUACGCAACGUUACGGUUUUCCAAGUAUUUAACGACUCUCUCUCUCUCUCUCUCUCUCUCUCUCUCCCUCCCUCCAUCUUACCUUUCUCUUUUUUUUUCUUCUUUUUUUACGAAAAGACAUUCAUUCGAUAUCCACAAGGACUGUGUUACUCUUCGACGCGUUUUUUUCUUCGAUCGCCCCCGAGAAAUCAAGACGGCCAUAUUAAUCGACUUGAUUCCUCGGGAAAAAAAUAUAAUAUACAUAUAUAUAUAUAUAUAUAUAUAUAUAUUUAUAUAUAUAUAUAUAUACUUUGUACAUAUCUUAAUACACGUACAUACACGUAUACGUACACUCAUACAUGCAGACGCAAACAAAACUUUUAAAAUAUUAUUAUUAUUAUUAUUAUUAAUAUUAUUAUUAUUAUUAUUAUUAUUCAACGUUCUUGAAAGAAUUCUUAAACGUGUCCAUCGUUAAAAUAAGAUUCUUCGUAAUUAUGGCGUUCGGAAGAAGAAAAAAAGAAGAGGGAGAAGAAAGGAAAAAAGAAAAAGAAAAGGAGAAUAACGCGGACGGAGACGGUUUUAGAAUAGAACAAAAAAAAAAAAAAAAAAGAAAAACACAACAAAAGAAAACAAAAAUUCAAGAUAAUUCUGUUUUUUUCUUACGCGCUAACACGCUCCUUUCAUACGUACAUAUAUAUAUAUAUAUAUGUGUGUGUGUAUGUACAUACGUAUAAGUAUGUUUAAAUAUACAUAUAUGUAUGUAUGUAUGUAUGUAUGUAUGUAUGUAUUUAAUAAGCAUAUAUGAACUAUACUUUGCUCUUCCUCUUUCUCUACUGGCAAAGGCACAGUAGCUGCAACUUUCCCGUUCUCAUUCCAAAUGCAUUUAAGAAAUUUCCUCUUUCUUUUUUCCUUCUUUUUUUCUUUUUCUUUUCUUUUUUUUCCCCGAACAAGCUUUAACGCGAGACGAUAAAAAAAAAAAAAGAAAAAGAAAAGAAAAAGAAAAAAAGAAGAAAAAGAAAAAAAGAAGAAAAAGAAAAAAAUAUAAUUGAGAAAUUGUAAUUUGAAAAUUCGAAGAAAAAAGUGAUUUUUAUCGAAACGAUUCAAAUGCUUUUUCUUUCUCGUACAUAUAAAUUGGGAGAAUAUGAUUAAGAAAAACGCGCGCAAUUAUCUUAAACGAUUCUGUUGGAGAUUAAAAAGAAACGGAAUCCUCAUUGUUCUCACAAAUAGCUAAGGUUAAUCUCGAAAAUCCGUCUCGCUUCAAAUCUUUUUUAUUUGUCGUAACGAAAGAUAAAGAAACCAUUUUUAUUUGAAGGGGGUUUGCAUUAAAAAAAAAAAAAAAAAAAAAAAAAACGAAAAAAAAAAACAAAAAAAAGAAAAAAAAACUUUUUAUGUUAUCUCCCCAAAAUUCCCACAACAAACUCCUCAUUUUUAUAGCCCCCUUCUCUCUUUUCUUUUCUCUUUUUUUUUUUCUUUUUUUUUUUUUUAAUUAUUUAUGUCCGCCUCUUAUUACGUUGCUUUAAUUAUUUUAUAUAUAUAUAUAUAUAUAUAUAUAUAUAUAUAUAUGUGUAUAUAUAUGUAUAUAUAUAUAAAUCGAGGAGAGUACGACGACGACGACGACGACGACGAUCACGGGAGUAAAAGCAAAUACAAGGGAGUCUUUUGUAUUUAAUUUGUUUAAUAAAACUUGGAUCACAGUACACUCAGAACAUUCACGUUUUUCUUCGGUUAUCUCUUCUGCUCUCUAAUAAAACCAACCAAUCGAGCUUCUUUUUUUUACCGCAAACUCCCGUUUAUACCUCCUUACUUUUUCCGUUUUUUUUUCCAUGUUAUCAUUACGAUAGAGGAUAACAAAAAGUCACCGUUCUAUCUAACAAAUACUUAGACUUGUAUAUACAAACAUAGAUAUAUACAAAAGCAAUCUUUAUUAUACUUUUUAUUGUAACCUUCAUUAUAGUCCCUCGGUACGGUACGACAUUAUUGACUAUAUAAUUAAAAAAAACGAGCUGAUGCUAUUUCCCGUGAAUUAAGCGAUAAACUAUCUUUAAAUUAUCAUCGUAUCGCGAUAAUCGUUUUCCGAUUUAACAAAAAUCUUAUUUUGACAACUUUUGGUGUUAUAACAUGUGAACGUGUACUUAAAAAAAAAAAAAAAAAAAAAAAAAAAAAAAAAAGAAAGAAAUAGUCCGUUCGUUUAAUUGAUUCGAUUGGAAUUUUAGCAAACGCGAUUUAGACGAUUUGGAAAACAAAAAUAAAAUUUCACGUUAUCGCGUAGCCUAAAGAGAUCGGGUAGGGAGGAGAAUGUAGGGGGAAAAAAGGGAUGUUUUCGCAUAAAUACAAACAUUUACCACACUUACCUCGAAACGUAGCUGAAGCAUACGGACAAAUCGUUUGCACGAUAACAAUUUCAAUAUUGUUGUUACCGUAUACACAAGGGAAAGGAACGCGUGGGAACGAAACUGACGGUGAUAUUAAUGCUACUAUUUUGUACGAUACGAUGUUUUGUAUAUCCGUUUAUUGUACAGCCGGCCCGGUAUUUAUGUUGAUGAGACAAAGAUUUUUAAUCAUUUUUUUUUCGGAGGACGACGUGCGUGAAUAAAAAAUUAUAACGCAAUAUUUUAAUAAUUACGUUUAAUGUGUCAAUGCGAUUAAUAGAAAUCAGUAUCUACUUUUAUUGUACUAUAUAUACAUAUAUGUGUAUAUAUAUAUAUAUAUAUAUAUAUAUAUAUAUAUAUAUAUAUAUAUAUAUAUCAUUUUUAUAUAUAACGAUUUGAACUUAUAAGUCGAUGAAGCAUAAAAGAUAUUUGAGCCAAUAAUAUCUGUCUCGACUUAUUAUUCGUUAACGAUACUUUAUUUGAAAUUCAAAUUUUUAAACAAUAGCUUUAAGUUCCGUUGAUUAACAAUCAACGAUUAGAAAUCGCCGUUGCACGUAAAAAAGUAAAAAAAAAAAAAAAAAAAAAAAAAAAAAAAAAAAAAAAAAAAAAAAACAAAAAAAAACGAAAAAACAAAAAAAAGAAUAAAAUACAAUACAUAAAAAUUUGUGAUAAGUUUACGCGUCAACAUAAAUAUCGCUACGAUUGUAUGUAUAGGAUCGAAGUUUACCAAUAAUGGGCGAUGAAUAAUGUAUCAAACACAUUACGAAAUACAUUUGUAACGUUGCCGGACAGCCGACAGGAGGCUGUUUCGCAAAGAAGAAUCCCACAUAGGUGUUGUUACCAUUAAUGUUCACCUGUAAAUCUCCAAACAAUAUAUAACUUAUUAAAGGAUCAGGUAACGA